UAGGCGGCCGCUAAUCUCCCCGUGCCGCUUUGCUGGGAGGGAGGAGCGCAGCGGAGCCGGGCCCGGCCGGCCGCUGCCGCCGGGAGAGGCUUGUUUUGGGCAAGGCGCUCGGCGAAGCGCGGGGGGAAUUAGCGAAAUAAUCUGUCGCUGUUGAUCCCAGAGGCGGGAAUUCGCAGCUUCAUGCCAGGCCCCGGGCUCGGAAGAGGGGGAGAGCCGGGCAGGCGGACGCGUGAGCGGAGAACUCUCUCGGCUGGAAUGCACCAGCUCAGCAAGGGAUUUUCCUCUCCGGGCCGGGGCACAGACGGCGCUGCGUGAUCCCGGCGGCCGGGCCAGCCGCCCGGGGGCCAUGGCGGCGGCGGAGACCCCCUCGGCCGCCCUCCGGCGCCGCGACCUCUGCAGCCGCGGCAUCCGCCUGGCCAGGAAGAUGCGCUCGGACGUCGCCGACCUCCUGGACGCCUACGUGGAGCGGCAGGGCCUGGACGCCUCGGCGAGCGUGGCGGCGCUGGACGGGGUGCCGGCGGCGGCGGCGGAGCGCUGGGGCGAGCAGACGGAGAGCCAGCGCCUCCUCGACAACCUGGCGGCCUACCGGGCUUUCCGGGCGCUGCUGACGGAGAUGCUGGAGGAGCAGCGGGAGCAGGCGGCCCCGGCGGACGCGGCCCUGCGCGAGGCCCUGGCUGCCGUCCUGCUCCAAGUCUCGGCCUUCGCCUACCACCUCGAGGAGCUGCUGCGGCUGGAGAGCCGCGGGCCCCCCGGCGAGGAGGGCGCCGGGCCCCCCGCCGGCCCCCGCCUCGGCCUCUUUGAGAGGAAGCUGCGGGGCCUGGGGGUGCUGCGGGAGCUGGCCCAGUGGGCCGUGAGGUCCACCCGCGACCUGCGGCAGCUCGCCAAGCCCGGCCCCGGCGGCGGCGGUGGUGGUGCCGCGGCCCCGGCCGGCCCAGCCGAGGGCCAGUGAAGCUGGCCGGGGGGCGGGGGGGGACAUCCAAGGGUCUUUUGCCGCCCUUAUGGGGUCUACGUAGAGCAGGUUUGGGGGGAGAUGGUCUAUGUGUGGUGGGGGGUGGCUGCCGCCCCCCCUUUUCCCGUGGGGGAAACUGAGGCACAGGCUGGCCCCCGCUGCGGGAGGGAGAGGAGAGCUGCCCCUGCUUCCCUCGCCCCCGUUUUCCUCCAAAAUCGGCUUUCCGCAGCCCGCUGCUGCCGCAGGAGAGGGGAACAGCGGCGGCUGCCAGACGGGACGUUUGCGGGAAGCCGUCACACCCCAGCGCUCGCUGUUGAACCUGCCGGACUCCGAAGAUGCUCCGACGCCCCUGCGCCGGGCUUUCUGGAUGGGGGUUCAAGCACGAGUGGAAAAAAACAUGGAUUUUUAAGUGAAAACGUCACCUGGUUAAAGGAGGCGUAGGAAUUGCCCCGGUAAAAAGCACCCCCCUCCCCGCCGGGAAGCUCGAGGAGGUUUUGCCCCCGUCGCACAGCCCCUUCUCUCCCCCUGCCGCAGCUCCGGCACGGCUUGGCCCGGCGCCUAUAACAUGGCCUUUUCCGCAUGUCGAAUCUCUGCUCUAACUGCUUUGCGCCUUUUUUUUUGCCGGGGGGGGGGGGGGAACAGGAGUGAA